UGCUGGCACGAGUUCCGUUCAACUUAAUUGUGUUGUGCUGAAGUGAUCAACUUUCUCCAAUGGGCUGAUGUGAUCAACUUUACUGAGAUGAUGAUCUUAUCAACUUAAUCAAGGUGCUGAUUUGAUCAACUUAACCAAGAUGCUGAUGUGAUUAACUUUGCCAGUGAUUCUGUCGUGAUGUGAUCACUUUUAACAAGGUCCUAAUGUGAUAAACUUAACUAUGAUGCUUAAAUGACCACUUAGCUGAGGUUUGAUAAGAUCAUCUUUACCAAGGUUUUACCAAAGUGCUGAUGUGAUUAACUUUACCAGGGUGUGGAUGAAGUGCACCCUGGUACCAUGCACCAUACCAGUUCAUUACAUUCUCCACAAUGUCUCAGAGCUCUUUCUUGGAAGACGUGGUGAGUUGGUCCGCAGAAGAAUGCCAGCAACGACAUGAAGAGGCUGUCCCCAAACUCGUUUCCUUCUUCAAACAGGCUGAGAAUUACCAUGGUGAAGUAGGUGUGUUAAAGAUCCUCUGUCAAUGUUUUGUACCAUGUAUGGACUGGAGUAGCCUGGAAAGAUGUGUAUUCAGGGAAAUCACCCCACAGACAUGUGCCUCCUACGAUAAAGUAAUAGAAGAUGUGAAGUCUGAGGUAAGCAGUCCUGGAAACUCCCAAGCUAAGGAGAAUGUGGAAGCCCUUUUUGAGCUAUUACUGGAUGUACUCGAUUGUGUGGAGGGCACAGUGAGAUAUAUUCAAGGGGCAGAUAAUUCUGUGGAGCUUGGCCACAUACACUCUCUACAGCUUUUAACUCUUCACUUGCUGAAAACCACAUUUAGCCAUUGCAAGGAUAGUGGAGAGAUUUACAAGGACCUGAUAACAGCACUGAGCGAUCCCUUAUCUGUAUUGUUCAGAAAGGCAUACAGCUUACAGAUGACAUUCCUGAGUUUGUUGGACAAGUUAAGUAUUGGAUUUACAGUCACUGAUGAAGACAUUGAAGAUUUAACAGCGGUGUGUGAAGGGUUGUACAAUAUCAGCAGACUUGUGACAACACUUGACAUCAAGAUAGCAGUGACACUGUGGAAGGCAAUAUCCAGGUAUGUGACACAGCAUAAAGUCCUUCUGAGAGAAAGGUUGGACCUGGCUGGAAUGAUCAGUUUGGACAGGUUAGGCAUUUACCUGUGUGCAGAGAUACAGAGGGGAUAUACCUACCUGUUUACCUUGGCUCCUCAGGUAGAUCAGUUUGGACAGGUGUCUACCUCACAGGGAGAUGAGAAAGCUUUCAUGAAGUCCCUCAAAAUCCUCGGUUUCCAGAUGAAGGUUUUGGUGAUGCUGGUGAAGGAGUAUGAGGGUUACCUGGCCGACUGUGAACGACCAAUCUACAUACUGUUGUUACAGUUACACAGGAUGCAACCUCCAAGUUUAUCUGCCCCUAGUUUACAGAAAGGCCUCCAGGAGGAGAUCCACCGUCACCUGCUGAAUGCUACAGAAACCAUCAUGUCACACCUGCUGGAAUGCAGCAGGUUUAUCACCUGUCUGACUGGUGACGAGACAGUUCGAGAGUACAAAGUUAAGCCACAGUUACAUAAAUGUUUUCCUGCCCACCAUGUAGAUGAUGUCCAGGAGAAGUGGUUGACACCGUCACAGUACUCCGGUGAUGAACCACGACAAGGAAUCAUUGAUGCUAUCUUCACAGCCUGCGAAAGGUGUCAUACAGAACUCCUGUUAGGAGGAAGUCUUCCAGGUGUUAUGUGCAGCGGAAAAGCUCAGAGGUUUGUGAGUCUCUAUGAGCAUGUGUGCACCAGACUGUGUGGUUAUGUGGGCAGUGUCUCGGUCAAACAGUUUCCUGUUGUGGAGUCCAGCCUGCUGCGUCAUGUUCUUCACUCUGAUCCACUGUGCAAUCAAAUGGCUACGGACGUCUGGUGUUUUGUGGCCAGGUAUGGUAGUGCAGAUCUGUGCCUCUCCCACGUAACAUUGCUUGGUGAGAUGCUGAAGUUGGCCCCACCCACCCAGGCCAUAGAGUACCGGGCUGUGCUAAGGCUACUGGGCAGACUCACAAAGUUCAUGGCACCAGAACACCAGGAGAAGCUGCUGGACAUAUUCCCAGAAGAGAGUUUAUAUGUGUGGAGUGGCCUCCCUUUAUCUGACUUUCCAGUCCCCUUACAGACACGCAUCCUGAAUGAUCUUCUACCAAAAUGCACCAGAUAUCUUACUGACUGGAAUGGGAGAUCUGAGAGAAAGUUUUCAGAUCUUAAAACCUUGAAUUCGGCGUUGGAAGUUACAUGCAAUAUAUUCAAACAUGAGGCUGGGGUGCAGGGGGGUUUGGACUCUUCACUCACACAGUCAUUCAUGCAUCAAUACUGCUCCCUAUGGAGCUGUCUCCCCGAUCUGCGAGACCCCCAUUGUAGAGCCUCAGUGAUUUGUCACAAGUUGGUCAACCUCUCUUUGGAACUCGGAAGUUAUGUGAUCAAAUAUCUCCCAUCUCAUGUAUUUCACCAGGCAGUUGAAAUGAGCGGUAAAUUGUUGCAGGAAAAAUGCCCCUUAGAACUGAAGCUGUCUAUUUGCCAGUUCUUACAACAGGCUGGUAAAGUGAAACUGCCCCCUGUUGCUGAGCAAACUGCCAUCUUGUGCUGUGUCUCCCGCCUGUUCAGCGUCCUGCUCGCAGACGCACAUUGUUUGGUUCAGCACUCUGCCUGCCAGGCGUAUUCCUCAUUCUCACAGGAAAGUAUCCACGAAAUCUCUGUGCCAGAAUGUCUACAGUCAGACCCCAGGCUCCAGGACAAACUAUCCAGACAUCUUUACCAGAUUGGUUUGCUUGAGAUGGAGUCAGAAAGAAAGCUGGAGUUACUAAAAUCUCUGAAGACAGAACUGGAGAAAUUCAAACAGAUGGCCCCAGAGGAGCGUAUUACAACUUACACCACAGCGAUGAAUGCCUCAGAGGAGAAGUUGGGCCAAUCAUCAACACAUGGUGACAUCUUAGUUGAUGGCAGCGACGCUAAAAUGGAUGAGCCUGCUGCCAAAAAGUUAAAACUAGACCUUUCCUCUGAACAGUUGGAGGCUGACUGUGCGAAGCUGCUUGAAGAUACUCAUGGAUGCAUUCAGCGUUGGGUGGAGCUCCUUCGUGUGGAACAGGUGCCUCAUGGGAUACUUAAUCAGCUGCGAAAAGCAUCAAAGGACUUGUCAGAAGCUGUGUCAAACCAACAUGAGCAUGACUGAGACAGAUGCAGUUUGAAUAGUUUUAACCAAACAGUUUGUAAACAAAAAAAACUUCCAAUGUACUCAGUUUUAUGUAUAUAUUGCCGUAAAUUAAAAUUACAGUGUGUUGGGAUACAGUCAAACCUUUUGUUUAGAAGUAAGGGUUUUGUCUGGUGUGCAUGACAUUGCAGGUCACAUGCUAUUUAGAAUACAUUUCCUGGGAUCUUCCAACGUUACGUCAUGUGGGUGUGAAAGUUUUUUACAUGACAAGGUUAAAAAAAUUUAACGUCGACCACCUUAUUGCCUAUAAAACUGCCACUAGACUCCCAAAGCGGGAACAUUAUUUUUUAAUUAGAUACGCAAGAAAUCCUCCUGAGAUAGAUAUGCCACAGUUGAAGCAGUGAAAAUUUAAUAAGAGAUUUUCUGUAACCUUUAAUGAGAGAUAUGACGUACUCAUUUGAUAACGGUCCUGGCGUUGGUUGAUGAUGUUACCUGCUAAAAAGACCUUGGUCACACACAGGUGUGUUUAGCUUUGGCCGGAGAUUCUUGGACUUUUGGAAAAGAGGCUUGUCAGGAACAUGUGCCUCGCAAGCUGCUAAGAUUUAUUUAUUAUUUAUUUGAUUGGUGUUUUAUGUCGUCUCAAGAAUAUUUCACUUAUACGACGGCGGUCAGCAUUAUGGUAGGAGGAAACUGGGCAUAGGCUGGGGAAACCCACGACCAUCCGCAGGUUACUGGAAGACCUUCCAACGUACGGCCGGAGAGGAAGGCAGCAUGAGCUGAACUUGAACUCACAGCGACAGCAUUGGUGAGAAGCUUCUGGGUAAUUAUGCUGUGCUAGCGCGCUAACCAACUAAGCCACGGAGGUCCCUAGUUGCUAAGAUAGGUGGACAUGUGUCAUACCAGGACUGGGGCAGUGUAAAAGCUGAUUCAGCUUAAUACAGUCGGAGUAAAUGAAUCUGGUCAGGUCAUCGAGAGGAUGACUUUUACAUCCAGUAAAAAAUUCAUCACUUCAAACCUGGUUCUGACUGGCUGUGUUGGAGUUUUGAUCUAAGGUGUGUAUCAGUUAACGGGUGAUGGACAAUUAUUUCCACUCGUUGGUACCUCCAUUUCUAUGUUAAGUAUUAUUGAUCACAGAGUGGGCCAAGAUAGAAAAUAUGACAAUACAUAACGUCCAUGUUGUAAGAGGUGUUGACAGAACAACAAAAGCCAGUUGACUUGAUGGAUGACGUCUUAGGGUUGGUUUCAUGUGUAGGAUACUUCUGAGAAAGGCAGAGUUUGUUAUCUUAACUCGCCCAUGAAAUAAUUUUAUGUGAUAUCAGUCAAGAUUUAUUGUCAGAAAAUGAAUGCCAACAGUUUAAUAGAAGUUCUGACUGAGAUAUGAGAUAUGCAUCUUUGCGAUCAAAGCCAUACAGAAAAGAUUCCAAGCGGAAAUAAAACAAAUAAGCUUUGUGCGCACUCAGGGGAGAUAACUUCUUAUGAAACAUGUUACAUCGAGUGGACGUCGACCGAAAUGUCCUGUUGAAUUAUUCAAGAAACUUGAACAAAGAGAAAAGUAAGUCACGGGCAAAGACAUGUUUUUUGUUGAUGAGUACUGUGCACAAUUUGGAUGAAGAAGAACCAGAAAUUUGUGAAAGAGUAGACCUACGUGUGGAGCAAUCAA